AUGGUGUCCAAUAUAGUUAUACCGGGAGAUGGUAUUUUAAAUGAUACGAAUACUACCAAAACCACAAUAGGUCCAGGUAUAUAUAAGAACCCUCAAACCCAAGAAAUAAUUCCAGCAUCAGCUGGGAUCUUGAAUGUUAAAACUAAUAAACAAAAUACAAACACAGUCAUAUUCACAGAUUCUAAUUCGAAGAGAUAUAUACCGCAAACUAACGAUUUUGUUAUUGGCAUCAUUGUGGGUGUUUUUGGUGAAAGCUAUAAAGUCCAGUUGCAAGACUUUUCAACGAGUGUUCAAUUGUCGAUGAUGGCUUUUCCUAAUGCGUCCAAGAAAAACAGGCCAAAUUUGAAGAUUGGUCAAGCAGUGUAUGCUAGAGUUUCACAAGCAAUCCCGGAAAUAGACACAGAACUAGAAUGUAUUGAUCCUAUUACCGGUAAAGAAGGCGGGUUUGGAUUGUUGGACGAGUCUGGUUACAUUUUCAAUAUUAAUUUAAACUUUGCAAGAGAAUUACUAUUCAACCAAAGUUCAGUAUUUCUUGAGAAGCUAUCUACGAAAUGUAAAUUCGAAAUUGCUAUUGGUAUAAAUGGCAAAGUUUGGUUAAAAUGCGGUGAUGGUAUUAAAAAACAGACUAAUGAUGCUGAGGAUGAUGAUAAGGAAAAGAGCUCAAGCUCAGCAAGAGAUUUAAGGGCAACUUUAGCAGCUUGCAGAUUUUUGACAAAGUGCCAACAUAUAAAUCCUAGCCAAAUAGAUAUAGAAUUGAAAGAAGCCUUCAAACAUUUCUGA